AUGCCAUACCCAUAUCAGACUCGCAGCAAGACCAGUGCGCAGAAGAUGGCCAAGAGUGGCAAGCUACAGCAGGCCACCCGUCGCCCAGUAACUGCUUCACCCGCAAAGAAGAAUCCACGCCUCAGAAGAAAAGGCCCUAUACACUCUCCGAACCUGAAAUCCGCCGUCGUUGGCUGGUCGGCUGGGGCCACAACGUCGGGUCGCCACGAUCGCACCACUCGACGCACACUUCAUCAACCCUCCACGUUCGCGUGGGAUCUCGCCGCGAUGGAGCCCAACGCCAGACAGAGGCUCCUCGCAGACACGGAGAGUAUUCGCCAGACGUUCAGUGGUGAAGAGGAUCGUCAUUUUAAAAAACAGUUGCUCAAGAUACUACAGCGGAAGAAGAUGGAGGUGGAUGAAUGGCAGCGCGCUGAAGAAGCAGGAUCCUUCAGCAAGGACAACAGGUCGUCUGAUAUGCUCUUGCGAAAUUGGCGAAUGCAACCAAUGGGGCUGGAUUCCUCAGAAACAAUCGCUUAUGUCAAGCCCAUGCUAGACCUCGUAGAGAGAUUCCCGACUGACACAGACUGGAAGCUCGAAACAUUUGAGGACAAAUUCGGAGAACUCUGA